GCCGUCCGCCUGCUGUUUAUAAACGGCAGGGCGGCGGCACUCCAGGGGUGGGUUGCCGUUCAUAAACGGCACCCGCCUUUUCUAGCUGUGCGCGCUCCCUGGGUGAAACACCGAUCGUCGGAUGAGACCUCUGUACGAGGUCCCAAUCAUGUGAUCACUGAUUGGCCAAUCAGUGAUCACUUGUGACAUCAUUGCUUACUGCGUGUGAAAUCUGUGAAUGAUCACAGAGGUCACAUGGUACAAGGCUAUUCACAACAGCCUUGUACCAUGUGACAAGGUGUGACCAAUCACAGCUCACUCAG